CACGGUCCAUCCUGCCUUUACGCGUUCGCUCCGUACGCAUUCGUCAGUCGCGCGUCUCUAGCGUUUCCCAGAUCGUCCCCAGUUAAUAUGACGCACUGUGAGCGCGUCGUACUCGGACCACGGGCGCGCUCGUCGCGAUUGGGGUCCGUUUCGAGCCUCGUGGGCCCAGUCCGGGGAGAUUCCCGUCGGGGAGACGCGUAAAAAUCGCGCGAGCUUCGGCUGUAACUUCGGAUAAGUGAGAGAUACACAAAACACACCGACGCGUGCGAACAAUGCGAAAAUUAGUUGUUCCUUACCUCACGGAGAUCGGAUUGAGCGGUCGACAUUAAUAUGCGAGUUGAAAACGCUUCGAGUGGUGACUUUGACGCGCGUAAUCUCACGGAAAAUGGACGUGAGUCAUAUGCGGGUUGCAAUUUCACACUGUCGCGACACUGAUAACGUAGAACCACGUGCUUUCAUUUCUAUAAAAGUAAUACGGUUGCAGUAACACGGUGGCCCUUCUGCGACCUGAAAUCGAUGAAGAGUGCACGACGUUCUGCAAUACGGCCGCAAACGUUGAAACGUGAUCUCGCAAGCGAAAGAUUAUUCGUUAAUAAUUCAGGACGUAGUUCAACGGCGAGACUUUACCGUCUGGAUUGACACUCCCGCCGUUGCUAAGGGCAAGAAAUAUCAAAUCGUGAGAUUUCAAGGAAGCCGCGAUGUGUGUACCAGAAUACGCAUCCCGGUAACACAUGCAGACGCGAGAUUUAUCCAACAUGUGCGUGAGAGCGCGUAAAAGCGUAGAAGUUAAGCGCCCGUCUUGAAGAGUCCGUCCGGAAGAAGAUGACACUUUUCCGAGAACCGUUAUAUCGGGAGAACGACUGGAGGUGAAGCGACCCGACGAAAUUUCGUAGCGAAAAUCCAGAGGGGGAAGAAGAGAGAGGCUUUUGAGGCGUAUCUGAAGUUGCAUUGCGAUUGUAGUAUCUUCACUCGAUACCUUCUUUAUCAAGUAUCUCCGGUUUCACGAUGGUGCUCUCGAAUUGCAUCGAUAAUUCUACUUGAACGUCGCAGAAAUAAUGAUACUUUAUAAAGAUUCGCGGUGCCAAUUCCAAAGUUAGAGCCAUUUGCGCCAGUCAUCGGAGUGGACCAUCGUAUUAUCGAUUAGAAUAAAAUUUUAAGGAAUGCCAAGAAGCUGAGAAAUAUUAGCAAUAACAGCUUAACAUCUCUUUCCUUGUAAUCCCGGAAGAUUAAUGAAGAGAUAGUUCCCGACGAGACGAGAGGCAAAUGGAAAGGACGCCGUCCGCAAUCAGGGACAGGGAGAUGAUAAACGAUUACCGAAGGGAAUUGUCGUCGGUGACACAAGACGACAACGGCACCCGGAAUCGAUAAACUUGCGAACCGAUUAGAUAAAAAUAUGGCCGCUUGCCAUUCGACACCUGCUGUGCAACGCCUGCAGUUGCAGGACUCGACUCGGAUCGGCUACAGCGCGAUCAACGGCAUAGGUGCUUCGAGUCAGAAGACUCUUCAGCAAUCAGCCUACCCGCCGCAUCUACUCAAUUGGGUCUACCUGGCCAUCGCGGAGCAAAAUCCGUCGCAACCACCUGAUCAGAGCAAGCUGCUCCCUGCGGUCUGGAACAAUUUCCCUGGUACGACGUCGCAGGCUUAUCUACGUCAGAACGCGUUGAAUCCGUCCGGAUCCGUCAGACCCAUGAGUGAUAGCGGAGCGGAAAGUAUCGCGGAUCUAGCGGUACACUUUAACGAAUUAGCUGUAGGCGAGCGGAAACCGGCGAAGAAGCCGCCGCCAACAUAUCUGUGUCACUUGUGCUUCAAAAAAGGACACUACAUCAAGGAUUGCCCGCAGGCACGACCGAAGGGCGAGGGCUUGACGCCGUACCAGGGCAAGAAGCGGUGUUUCGGCGAAUACAAGUGUCCCAAGUGCAAGCGCAAGUGGAUGUCGGGCAACAGCUGGGCCAAUAUGGGCCAGGAGUGCAUCAAGUGUCACAUAAACGUGUAUCCUCACAAGCAGAGGCCGUUGGAAAAACCCGAUGGUCUGGAUGUGUCCGACCAGAGCAAGGUACAUCCCCAGCAUCUCUGCGAGAAGUGUAAGACGCUGGGCUAUUAUUGCAGACGUAGCGCGAUAAUAACUUAACGAUAGCCGAAUUCCGUCCAAUUUAUCUCGCUGAUCCAAUUAAUCGCACCAACGAGAGGGUGAGGGUUUAAUUAAGAAAAGACAAUUCGUUCGAUGCACUUGAACACAUCGAUAUGGAUGUGGAUUUAGACAAAGUACCCACUUCUGUUCGCGAGAUUAAAUCGAAUUACAUCGUAGAAAGAGAGAGAGAGAGAGAAAAAAAUGAAUGAUAUAUUUUUAUGUACAUUUAUGAAUUUUUUAUCACAUGAAUUUUGAUGACGACCAAAGAUGCGGUGUUUAAUCGCAGCAUCUUAUAUUUAUGUAUAUUGAACAAUAUUACCUACAUAGGCACAAGGUGUGCAAGUGCCAGCAGUAUAA